UUUUAUGAAACUUUCACCGGUUGUUCGACUUCGUGUAGAGGACAAAAUGUUGAUGGUCAGGCUUCGCUUGAAUACGGCGCCAACCUUUUUGAAUAGAAUUCUAACAACUAGUGGCUGUAACAUAUUUCCUAAUUUUCAGGUUUCCAAAUUUCAUUCAAGUCCUAAACCCUACCAGGCUGAGAAACUAUCUAUACAAAAAGAUGAAUUUACUAAUCAACCAUUGUAUGAUCCUACAAAAGGCAAACUUAUUUAUAGUGGACCUUUGACCAAGACAAUAAAAGCAGUUAAGUUGUUUUCUAUAUCCACCAGUCUUUUAGGUCUGGGUAUGCAACCAGUCAUUUUGUAUAACUCUUCAGACGCAACAUUGUCAUUGAAGGCUGCUGUAAGUGUUUUCUUUGCAUUUUUUAUAGUUGUGACACCAUUGUUAAUACAUAUGGUAAGUAAGAAGUAUGUGACUGAUGUUUACUUUGAGGACACUUCCAAUGUCUUUACUGCUGCUACUUUCAACCUUUUUAGCAUGCGUAAGCAACUGACUUUUAAAGCUGAGGAUGUGAGUGCUCCAACUCUUACUGGUCCUUUCACAAGUGUGAUAAUUAAAGGAAAACCCCUUUUUCUGGAUCCAAAAUUCUUUCUUGAUAAACAAUCUUAUAUUCACUUGAUGGGUUUUGACAAACCACUGGACUUGGAGUUGCCAAAAUCUAAUGAGCAGCAAACUGAAAAAUAAAAUCUCUUGCCUUUGAUUUAAAA